AAUUCAAAUUGAAUUGUGACCCAAUUGUAAAACAAAAUUGCGAAAAAAAACAACUACUGAUUAUAAAUGACUACACCUGCACCACGCCAUGUUCGAGAUUUGUUGGCAUUUGGUACAGACUCAGAAGAUGAAUACAGCAUUACACCCUGCAAGCCGCAAAAAACAAAGGACGCGGAUCAAGCUGGUAGCCGGAAACUGGAAGCAAUCGACAAUGGAAACAAGGAGAAUAUGGAUCAGAAGGGCAUUGCGCGCAACCAAGGGGCCAAGGAGAACCGGCAAGCUGGCCCUUCUCACGGCCUAUUCCCCAGAAGACGUGCAGAGAUGACCAUGCUGGACUCAGACAGCGAUGAUGAGGAUAAUAAGAACAACCACAAUUUGAACUGCGCCAUUCUAAACGAUUCCUUUGUGCUGAGUCCUACACAUGAGCUGACUGGCAGCACCUCAACUGUACCUUCCACAGCGGCGGUGGCACUGCGCCCCAGUGAUUCCAAUUUGUCGUUUCUUGGACGCUUUGGGAACAUGGACAUCAAUUGCAGCACCAACACCAAUAAGUCACCUCAUCUGCAAGUGGAGCAGCAACAUAAACAUCAACAGCCAAUUAAAAAACCGCCACCCUCCACGCUGCAAAUAAUUUCAGAGCAGCGCAAGGCCGUCGAUAGCGAGACGCCGAUGCGUGCAGCUCCAGCGGCCUCUUUGAAGUCCCAUGCCAAACCUGAGACGGAAUUUGUGACGCCCCAAGUGUGCAGCAUUUCCACAAGGCAUGGCACGCGCACACAAACCACACAAAAAACUCGUAUCGAACUGGCAAAUGAGUUUCGUUCGCAGAAGGUGCUCUUCCAGACGCCCAUGACUGUGAGUCGCGCGGCGCCCUUUACAAGUGACAGCCUUACGUUUUCGCUAUGCGACACAAUUAGUGAGAGUCCAGAUACGCCCGCUCAGCCACGGCCAAAGGCAGAAGCGCCCACCGCCAACAAAUCAAAAAAGUCACUUGAUGGUGCAUUUCGUCAUGCUGAGCAGGCGAAGCCUGAAUCGGGCUCGUCAGUUGCAGUGUCAGUACCCGUGUCCGCGUCCGUGUGCGCACCUCUGACCGCUGCUGCUGUAGUACCUGACAAACCAGAUACAUCGUCGAAAUCGAAUUCCAAUGUGCUGCAAAUCAAGAACCACGAGUAUGUCAUAGUUAAAAAACUGGGCUGUGGCGGCUCAAGUUCUGUUUAUUUGGCACGUCGCAAGGAUACGGGCCAGGAGUUUGCUCUAAAAGUUGUAGAUCUGCAAGCCGAUCCGGUUGUGGUGCAGGGCUAUCUCAACGAAACCAAACUGCUCGAAAAGCUCCAGGGCAAUGUGUGCGUUGUCUCCCUCUAUGACUAUCAAUUGUUGCGGCAAGAAUCGAAACUCUAUAUGGUGAUGGAGAAGGGCGACUGUGACUUGAACAAGAUCUUGCAAGGAUUUACGACAAAUCUGCCACUAUAUAAUCUGAUGAACAUACUCUACCAAAUGCUGCAGGCAGUCAAUUAUAUACACCAGAACGGUGUGAUUCAUUCGGAUCUGAAGCCUGCUAAUUUUCUGAUGGUUAAUGGUCGGCUGAAGCUAAUCGAUUUUGGCAUUGCAAGCAACAUUUCUGUGGACUCGACAAGCAUUAUAAAAUUCUCACAGGCGGGCACAUUCAACUACAUCAGUCCGGAAGCACUUACCGACAUUUCCAGCGGCACAAGUCCGAUGCGCGGCAGCAAUCAGCCCAAGAUAAAGAUUUCGACAAAGUCGGAUGUUUGGUCGCUCGGCUGCAUUUUGUAUUUGCUGCUAUAUCAGAAGACUCCAUUCGGGCACAUUAGGAACAUCAAUGCCAAGAUGAGCGCGAUUGCCAAUCCCAGCUCCAGCAUCGAGUAUCCGGCUCUACCAAUAUACUAUCCGCUGAUGCUAGUGCAUAUGGUCAAGCAUUGUCUACAACUGAAUCCGAAGAAGCGGCCCUCGUGCGUAGAACUGCUUCAGUAUCCAUUCCAUAUGGUAAUUCCCUUACAGAAUCUACAAUUGGCGUCCAAGCGCUGACUACAAGUUUUCAGAAUACAUCUUCAUUUAGUAUUAAGCACAUUUACAUUUGAUGAUAGGAGUAAAACAC